AUGUUCUCGUGCCGAAACAGUGGUAUGCGCGUUGGCAUAAAGGGCGGGUGUGUGGGAUCAGGCUGCCUCAACGAUCUUCGUCGUUUUUCUCCCCGCUUUCGGUUCUGCUUGCACAUUCCUUGGGUUGCCCGGUCGCGCCCUUCGUCCUUCCUUUCAUUCGUCCAGCAGGCUACCCAAUCGACCCAUAUCCAAUCGCUUUCGCUCUUCGUUCUAGUCAUGUUCGACCUGAAGCAGCUUUCUGCCACGACCCUUCUCGCGCUUGUGGCGAGCCCACUGUCUAGCAUGGCGGCGCCUACCUUCAAUCGCCGUGCAGCGGACCCGAACAACGUCCUCGUCUUGCAAUUCGCCAAUGUCUUGGAGCAGCUUGAGACGGAGUUCUACGCAGAGGGCAUCUCUAAGUUCCAGGCGUCCGACAUCACGGCAGCCGGCUUCACCUCAGCAAACGUUGUUCUUGAACAGCUUACUGCCAUUCAGAGCGAUGAAGCGACUCACACGACCGUCCUGCAGUCGACCCUGACCUCGUUGGCCCAGACACCGCUUAACUGCUCGUUCGAUUUCUCCAGCGUUCUCACCGACGUUAGCACGAUGGUGACCGUCGCGCGCUUGGUGGAGAAUGUGGGUGUGGCCGCUUACCUCGGUGCGGCCCAUCUCUUGAGCGACCCGACGCUCCUCACUGCUGCGGCGAGCAUUGUCACCGUGGAGGCGAGGCAUCAGACCGUCCUGAACACGAUGUCCAGCGGUCAGGCGAUCCCAAGCGCGUUCGACUUGCCCCUACUUCCUCAAGAGGUCCUCGCCAUCGCCGGCGCCUUCAUCCAGCCUGGCUGCGACCUUGGUGUGACCGCCAACACCGCGCUCAAGCUCACGAACACGGAUCCUCUCGCUGCUGGCACGCAGGUUCAGUUCGACUUGUCCAACGCGAACACGACCGACACGUCGGGUCUUUUCUGCCAGAUGAUGGCCGGCGGUAUGCCCUUCUCGCUCUCGCAGCCCGUCGAUAACUGCAUGGUCCCGUCGAACGUCACCGGCCCCGUCGCUGUCUGGGUUACCAAGGACGACCAGCCACUUGCCAACAACGCGCGUGACCGCACCGACACGAAUGUCCUUGCCGGCCCGAGCGUCGUCUUCAUCGACACGACUGUCGAUACGAUCAGCCAGCUCGUUCGCACAAGCGCAGGAAGUGCCGCGAGUAGCUCUUCGAGCUCAUCGUCGGAUUCGAGCGCGCAACCUGCCUCGACUUCGACGAUUGCCGCUGCCGCCGCGACAUCGCUCGCUGCUGGGAACAACGCCGGGGCUGACUCCCCAGAGUUUACUCCCGUCAUCUCAAUGGUGCCGAAACCUACAACCACGCCUAGCGCGUGA